AAAGAAUAAUUCAGUAAUCCGUGUUGUAAACCGUUAUCCACUGCUUUAAAAAAGUGAAAAAUUAAAAAUAAAAAAAUGAGAACAAUGGCGGGAUUUGUGUUUUUUUCGGUGGUGAUGGUUGCAAGUUUAUUGCCGCAAGUUUUCGCUAUAAACUGUCUGAAUGUCAGCCUCGAGAACAUAAUGAACUGCAACGACUGCAUCCGAUGUGGAGGAUAUUGGUGCAACAAACCCAGAGAGAAAAACAGUGAACACUGUUCAGCACAUGUCAACGACAAUUGGUGUCCAGGAGUGGAAGAGGUGCCAGCCGUCGCACAGGAAAGUGUACCCAGCACGCUCACAAGCCUUGGGAGGUACCCUGUCACUGCGAAAGUGGACAAAUCUAGCCCCAGGAUAUCUUAUAACUAUGAAUGGACCGUUGCAACAAAACCUAAUGUUCACAUAACUGUUUUGAAUACGACGCAGACGGACAAUGUUCAAAUAUUCGAAAAGACAGAUUGCUCGAAUGGGAAAUGUAUAACGCAUUUGAGUGUACAACCCGAGACGAAUUUCUGUUUGCCGGACAGCGGGAAGUUCGAAUUCGUAAACAUGAAAAUACGGGUAGACAACGUGACGGAAGACGCUACUGUGAAAUAUCAUGUGCCAUGCGCUUGCGCGUGCAGUGACAAAGUCGAAAGGAAUUCGCCAACCUGUAAUAAAAAUGGUGACUUCUCUUGUGGUGUCUGCAGCUGUAAGAGAGGAUGGUCUGGUAAAUUCUGCGACAUCAAAGAACAGCCGAAAUGCGACGACCGUCGAGGUGAUCUUCAGUGUACUAAUCCUUACAAAGACUACGUGGAGUGUUCAGGCAACGGCUACUGUGGUCCUUGCGACAGCUGCAUCUGUUACGACGACAGGGAGGGCUCGCAGUACUUCCAAACGGACAACUUCUGCGCCGACCUGUGCAUGACCAUCGCCAGUAUGUGCGAGCCUUGUCUCCGCGACAAACCUUUAGGGAAAUGCGCAGACUGCUCCUAUCUAACCAUCCAAGCAUACAACCGAUCGCUCCUGGAACAAAGAGACGACUACAACAGGAAAGUGUGGGUGAAGUGCACGGAGAAGAUCGACGAAUGCAACUAUAAUUAUGCCGCGAUGAGGGACGCCAACGAUGACAUCUACGUGAUGAAGAUUAGCAACUGUAACGCUAUCAGCGAAGCGGUUGCCGGAGGGGGUGUGAACCCAACGCUGCCUAUCGUGCUCGGCGUGAUCGCGCUAGUGGCGGCGGCGACGGCAGUUGCAGGCUACAUGUUUUGGAAAGCUAGGAACGCGCCGUUACCCCUUGCCGCGUCCCAGUACCAAGAAUUAGAUGGACCGGAGGGCAGCACCGGCAUCAACCCGCUGUACAAAUCCCCUACGUCUUCCUACAACAACCCCAUGUGGAAAGGAGCCAAGGUCUAGCCAGGUGCUACCUGCCGAUUGAAUCAUCGAGGCACCAGGCUAAGGAAGGACCAAGAAACCCCGCGAAUGGCGGAAGCAGCAUCAAGAAACGUAAAACCAAUUAAUUAUUGAAAAAUACAAAAUGUAAUGACUUCCGAUGCUGCCAGUUCGCUGUUGGGAUUUUGUUUAUCAGUGCUUCAUAUCGAUGUGCCUAAGCAUCCAUUUACAAGUCUGAUCGCGGUCCGAGCCGCUACCCAUUCCACUGCCUGUGAUCAACACUUGUGAUGGGGAAAUCGUUCUCGUCCGGUGUUCGCGUCGCAAAUAAUAGCUAACUAGAUUACACGUAUACUGUAGUGUGUUUAGAAAUUAUGAGUAUAGUGUAACAUCUCUGUGAUAUUUUUAACGAUUAAGUAAUAAUUAAUGAUUCAUGACGGUGUGUUUGAUCAGUGGUUCACUGUUGACACUGACGCUGCAGAAUAUACAGCGCGAUUAAGAACUUUACUCGUACGCUUUAAGAGUGUGAUUAUUGAAUGAGAUCUUAACAAAAUGGAGAUUCAAUUUGUAUUAACGAGUUCUUCAUUUGAUGAUGAUGUCAUGUAGAAGAAAAUUAUUUGCAAUUGUUAAAGAGAAAGGCACCGUGAAUGUAGAGAUAUAUGUUGAUGUAGUGAAUUAUAUGAGCGUGUGUGUGUUUGUGUGUGUGGAUCUGUGGCCGUGGGCAGAAUCUCCAGUUCCGAUCCGAACAAACGGAACGCUCGCUUCGCGUUGUCGGAUAACGGGUUUUUAAAUUCGAACUCUGACACAUAAUAUUGUACCCAUUAGAACCAACAUUGAUUGGCUCUCAUAUUUUCGGUGUUAUACUUAAAAGGAUCAUUCUUAGCUUAUUGCAUCUCUUCACAACGAUUAUGUUUAAUUAGAAGUUCGGCUUUUUUUUGUGGGUAGGAAAAUAUACGUACUACGUUGCGUUCACCUAAAAUAGCC